AUGAAAUGUUGGAGUACGGAGGACAUCAGAUUGAGAAAAGAUGGAUUCAUUAGUUGUGCAGAUCAAAUCAUCAUUGUUAAAUAUCUUGAUAUUAUACCAGUUCAUGGAUCAAAGAGAUCUCACUGUCCCGAUUUUUUGAAAAUUUACCAGAUAACAAAAUGUACAGGAUUGCGUAACACCUGUAACAGAAAUGAUGUAGAUAUUUUAGCAAUUUUUGAGGAAUAUGUUAAUAACUGCCCUGACAACCUCGAAACCAUAUGCAUUUUCUAUGAUUGCAUCUCAGGCCCGAUUAGGAACUUGGUGAAUAGUCAAGCUCUGACAAGACCCUCGGGAAGCUAUUUUCAAGCUGUUCAGUUUUCUGGAUUUUUGCAAUGUUCCUUCUAUGGCGAUAUAUCACAAAUAACUCUCUAUAAAACGGAAUCAGCAGAUAUUUUGGUGCGAAGUCAAAAUGGAUCAAGGAUGUUGGAUUAUAAAAAUAUGUUUUGCUAUAAUUUUACCAAUGGCGAAUACAGUAAUGGAUUGUUUAAGUGUUGUUCAAAUUUGAUCAAGGUUGAAGCAUUAUCAAUAAGUAUUUACUCUGGACAAAUGACGAGUAUAACACUUCUAAUAGAAGGAGUCAUACUUUAUCAAUGUCGAAAUAGUACCCAUAAGCAAGAAACGAAUGUCCAAAUACAAAAAUUGAUAUCAACCUUAAAUGAUGACAAAUGUGGAUGGUUUUCUAAAGAGCUUCUUCCCUGGACUUCCACUCUAUUUUCUUCAGCAUUAUCGUUGAUUCUGAUAGUCAUCUAUAUCAUUAAAUGUUUGUCAUGGAAAAAGCUGAAGGGAACAUCCUCAAAGACAGUGAGUACAGUUCAACUUACUUCUAGUCAUCAAAGAUCGUCUUAUAUACGUAGAAAUGUAACAGACAAUAAUUAUGAGACUCCCCAUCAUUACACGGAGAUACAGAUAUAACUGAUUGACACGUCCAACUGAACUUGUCUUGGAGAGUUGUACAAAAAGGUGGGAAUAAUCGAGAAAUGGAGAAUUUAGAAGAAUAAGUAUGAAACCGUUUACUAGCAGUGUAUGUAUAUCCUUCUCUGGUUUAUACUCCGUUAAUUAAAUUGUUUUUUAAUCAUUAUGUAAGUUUUAUUGCAUUGGUGGACAGGUUUUCUUAUUUGUAUAUCUAUGUAGUUUUUCCAUUUUUCUGGUGUGUCUUGGCCUUGUUAACAACUCAGUGUUGUCUAUUGUCUAAUAUUUGUAGCUAA